AUGGGUUUCCUGAAAGCGCUAGAUAGGCCGUACAUUAAUCCUUUCUACCACUCGCAAGAGGACGAAGAGCCCGAUGACGUCGUCAAGGAAGAAAAUGGAUUGACCUCAUCCGACAGUCCAAGUGAGCAGUCUCCAGAUUAUCAGGAAAGAUACCCUUACCAGGAAAGAUAUGGUCCGAGUAAACAUGCCGCCUCUGAAACUGGCGCUGGACCCGGCGCUGCAUACGAUGGUGAAAAAGUCGACCCAGACUAUCAGAUUGGAGUGCAGAAAGCUGAGGGUGUCACUCUUGCUUGGAACAAGCGAGCACUCUGGUUGACUUACAUUUGGUAUACAACAUCAUUACACGGCAUAACGAUAGUCCACUAA